UCAAUAAAGGUACCGAGACGCUGGUAAGAGGUGGUAUUCCUGUUGGCUGAAUGCAUUUUAGGCUGCCCUGAUUUUUUAAAUCUAUAUAUUAUAUAUUUGGUUCUAAUCUCAGGUUAAAAAUAUAACCGGAUUUUCUGUGUUAAAUCACACGUUUUGACUGCAAUUGGUCAUUUUUAUAUUCUGUUGGGCCACCACAAACCACACACAGAUGAGCAGGGACCACCAGACAGGCCUGUGCGCAGCCGCAGAGUGACCGCCCGCAAUGACGGAGCUGGAGCCAGUGCUGGACUUCGCCUCUUCUGGCCGAUCGGGCCGCCGCAACGCCCUGCCGGACGUCCUGGGGUCACCUGCUGGGGUCACCCCCUCCGACCUGCCCCUGAAACUGGCUGAACUCACACUCGCAGAGGGGACGGAGGGGGAUCAGUCCCCCAGUUCAGAGGCCCCCCCACCCCCUCCCUCAGAGAGCGCGGAGCUGAAGGAUGGAUCGUAGGACCCCGGAGCCAAGCAGAGACAGGAGCCACAAGAGAGAGGCAGAGAGGAAGAUGAGAGAUUCCAACGAGACAAGGACAGUUUAGUCAUGUGACCACUCCAUCGCUGGAGGCCUGUGACCUUGACGUGAGGGCCAGGGGGAGAGAUCCUGACCCCAGAAGGGAGAAGGCACGGAUUUAUCAAGGCAGGCAAUGCUUUCCUUUCACCGCCCGAAGACCAAACGGAAAUGACUGAUAAUGCAGGACAGACAACGGAGUGUCACGGAGGAAGAGGGCAGGCUCGUACCUCGGCUUUAUCACCGACUGCAACGGGCUACGCUGUGAACACUUCUGGAUGCAGCUUUGUAUUGAGUAUCUGUUUCAGUUUAAACAGUGACAUGUAUGUGUGUAUAUAGAUAGAUAGAUACAGAUAUAGUGUGUGUGUGUGUGUGUGUGUGUGUGUGUGUACAUUCUGUAUCAAUAUACACAGCCGGUGCAAGAAGAAUGGAAUGAUUCACAGCCCCGGAUGUAAAGACGGUUCAGUUGAACAGGAUGGACAGCGAUUCAGUGUUUUACAAUAACCUGCACUCUGCUUUUCUUUCUGUAAAGUAAGAAUAUCACUUGUUUUUAAAUCAGUCUAUUGGCCUUUUCAUAUGAUCUUUUAAUAUACUGCUGCCGUUUCUUCUAGAAGUGAGUGUUGGUGCUGUAGAAUAGUGCAGAUAACACUGGGGGGGUGUCUUCAGAUUAUCUUGGAUAUGUGAAAAUCCAAUUUAGCUACUAUUGUACUGCCAUAGAAGAAACUCUCUUCUGCUGACCACGGUAACCAGUGGCCAAAUAGGUGUCUUUAAAUGUGUUUGAAACGACAUAUCUCAUUCUCAGGCAGUGUCGCUGUGUGGUCGUGCAGAACUAAACUCAGAAACCAUUUAAUUACAGAAUCUCCUCCUCUGCCAAUCAGGAUCAGGUAUCCGCCCCCCACAGAGCUUGCCCUCUAAUCAGAAUCAGUGAAAGCAAGUCUGUAGGCGGAGUGUGGGCGGCGGCCUGUGUCACAUUUCUUGGUGAUGUGUCGUGGCAUACAGCAGAUGAAACUGACGCUGUGAUUUUUAUUUUUUGUAUUAGUUCCUCCGAUUCUUUUCUACUGAAUAUCUUCUGAUAGAGUGUUUAAAUGUCUGGAGUCAGACCGUCACCUCACUGGCACUGACUGUAACUAUUCAUUUGCAGUUAUAAUUAAAAAGAAACAAAGAAGACAUUGCCAAAGGCUUCUUGUUGGAAAGUUUCUGUGAUUUUUUUUUUAUUUUUUCAAGCGCUGUGUAUAUCUUACGAUUGAGUUUUUGAGGUUGUGGAAGAACUUUGUAUUUUGAAAUUGCAGUGGCAGUUUUAACAGGAAUGUGUAUAUGUAGUGCAGUGCAGUAGUUACUCCACGAAUGAGGGCAGCCGAAUGACCCGGACGAGCCCCCGAAUGGGUGGAACGGGAUGUCCAGGCCAGUGGUGCGCGAGUCAGUAAGGGGGGGCGCGACUAUGAAACUCUGUCUAACAAGAAAUCCAUUUUACCAGCGCUGCAAUCCUUCAUCCUGCUGUGAUCCUGCACUCUACAGUUCCCGGUUUAGACCAGCGAUUCCAAUCCAGUCACGCUGUUGCCUAGGGUGACCAGAUUUUCAAAGCUCCAAACCGGGACACAUUGUUAAAUAAUAAUAAUAUAUAGGCUUUUAAUGGUUAUUGAAAUAGCCGUCCUCUCACUCUUAGUAUUAUCAUUUUUGUAAACAGCAGCUAAUUUCAGUCACUCCUGGGUGUGUAAUGUGUGGCUAAUUAGUUUCAGUAACCAUAUUGUGUUGUAUACAUAUUGCUACUUUUAUAUUGAGUUCAAUAAUAAUAAUAAUAAUAAUAAUAAUAAUACAUUAAAUCAUUAAAUAAAUGUAUGUUUUGGCAUUUUGUUUCGC